GGGACAUAUCUUCAACUCAGUUUUUAGAAAAACAAGUUGAAAUCAUGAGAUGUGAAGCUUACACCAAAAUUCCAGUCGAUUUGGUUCAUAAAAUGAUAGAGAGACAGGAAAUCUCUCCACAAGCUGGAUAUAAGAUUAUUAAAGAAUUCCGUUGUAAAACUGAAGAAUUUAUUCAAAGUCUGAAUAAAGAAUUUCAGAUUGCCAAGCAGGAAGUUCAUAGAGAAAUUACUCUCAGAAAUAAGGCAGAGAUAGAAAAGCUUCACGCUGAACGAAGGAAAGCAAUCGAAGCUCUACAGAAAAAACAAGGCAGCAGAGAAGAGAUGAUUAAAAUUCAGAAGGAAUAUGAAGACAAAGAGAAGGAUUUAGUGAUACAACUGGAAUUGAAACAAGAACAUGAUAUGUAUGCACUGAACAGGGAAUUCGAUUUAAAAAAACGAAAAGGACUAAAGGAUUUAGAAGAAGAAUUGUUGAAUUUGGUUCGGGAAGAAUCUUCAUUAUUAUUGGAAAAAUACGAAUGGUUGAAAGAAGAAUCAGAAAGAAAACAAGCAGAAUUUCAGAAAAUCAUAGAAAAUAUUGCGACAUAUGAAAAUGCAGUUCUUGAGGAAAGACACCAAAAACAUCAAGCCAUGUUUGAAAUUUCUAAUAACCAGGAAGUUGAUUACAGAUAUUUACUCAAUAAAGCCGUCGCCAACCAAAAGGGAAUACUUCAAAAACUGAAACAAGAAAAGAUAAUUACCGAUAAUGAAAGCGACCAAUUUUGUACGGAGUUGCAUCAGGAAUUACGAAGAAUUAAAGACGAAUUCUCGGAGAAGAGAGUUGCGAAAGAGAAAGAAUUACACACGGAGCUGUCACUCGAGAAAAAACGCAUUCUAGAAGAUUUGGAGAAUAAACAUAAUAGAGAAAUUGCUGAUUUGGAGGCGAAGUUUAAACAACAGAAUGAUCUGGAUGAACUGACCAGAAUAAUCGAACUGAAAAGGACAAAAUCCAAUCAGAGAAUUGAAUUGAUGAAAACAGAAAUAUCGUUGGAUGAGAAACACGUUCACGCAUUGAAUGAGUUACGUGAGAAAAUAUCACAGGAAAGCAUAGCAGAGUACGAGAAAGCCUUAGAAAAUAUGAUCAGAUCAAUGAAAAAGCCAGAGUGUGAAGAUGUUGUGGAUGGCUAUGUCAAUAAUUAUAGACAAGACAUACAAAAUCUGGAGAGAAAGCAACAAGAAGAAAGAAAAGAAUACACUAUCAAAGUAAACGAAAAACUGUCUCAGAAGCAAAAAGAAUCUUUAGAACAGAAUGAAGAAGAGAAAGAAAGCCUAGAGAGGAUGAGUGAAAACAGAGCAGAGGUCGUUGAAGAGUUGUUGAAAAUCCAAGACAGUAUGUCAGAUGAAAAUCGCAAAAGGAUACUGGAUGAACAUGAAAUGCAGAAAAUGCGAUUCGAGAAAAGCUUAACUCUGAAUAAACUACGUCAACAAAGUCUUCUUGAGGAGAAACUCGCAAUGAAAAGGAAACAGAAAAUCGAUAACCUAGAGAAACAGCAAGCAUUGGAAGCAAAAUCAGGUGACACAAAUACUGAGUGUGGCGACGCAAAUGAUGGCAUGAAUGAACGCUCAACAACCACGGAUAGAGACUUGUAUACACCUGAGAUCGAUGAGAUCAACUUAUCUUCCGAAAUUGAAGAGAUCAACAAGAGUCUCCUGAAGCAGAGAGAAAAAGCAAAACAAGAACAAGAGGAAAAACUUGGAGAAACUAUUGCGAGACUAAAUUUGGAGAAGGCGAAACAGAUGUGCUUGCUUGAGGAAAAGGCCCGAGCGAUUGAUGGUAUGAAUACUAUGUUGAUGGAAGACAUGCGGGUCAACGGUGAUGCUGAAUCUCAAAAGAUAAUUGAGGAACAUACCAAGAAACAACAAAAGCUGCAACAAGAAUCUGAAGAAAAGAAAAAGAAAUUUGACGAGGAACUCACGAAGAAACUUGAAGUGAGGAAGAUUCAGAGAGAAACAACAUUAACUGAAAAACAUGAAAAGGAAAUUCGAGAUGUUUUAAGCAAAGCCCCGAAUAAAACAGCAGCAAUUAUUAAGAAAGUCGUUCUGAUGAACAAACAUAUUUUAGAACGAGAACGUUUCAUAAAUCAGAUGAAUGUUCAAUUGAAACAGAAUAUAGAAGAACUCAGUCAGCAGUCUGAUAUUAAGAUACAAACAGACUUACAGAUGAACGAAGUAAAAUUAAUCCUUAGUCUCCUUGCAAUGAACAAAAUCAAACGCGAAGAAAUAUUCAAAGCGAUAAAAAUUCCUGUUGAGUUAAAGAAUCUCAUCAAUGAAAUCCAGAACUCUAAGAAUGGAUCUGAACUACCAGAAGAAAGAAAUUCGGUUUUAGAGACUAAAAUCCAUGAUCUUGUGGUGAAAAAUACAGAAUCACAGAAAACAAACGACGGAGAUAAUAAAAAGUAUUUUGUGUUGCCAGAGAAAUUACAGUUCGAAAGAUACAAUUUUACUCCACUUCGAGAAAAAAAUGGCUCAAACAACCAAAACGAGGUGAAGUGUUGCUGGUGUUUUCUGUCCAAUAAAUAUCUCAGUGUUAAUUCUUUGUGCUUCUUUUAUACCAUAGAAGUUCUUUUUCUCUUGCUUUUGUUGUUGCUGUGGGGUUUUUUUUAUCAUUGGUUUUCGUGUGGCUACAGUUGUUGUUCUCGCUGUUAUUGUUGUUGAUGAUAAUAUAGUUAU